AUUAUUGUGUAAGUGCGCUGUGGAGCGCUGCAGCGCCACAGCUGCAACAAGGAGGAACAAACAUGGCGGCCGGGUAUGCGUGGUUCCUUGUGCUGGGGUCGGUUUUUCUGUGCAAUCUCAUGAAAACACUCCUGCCGACCAUAUCCUCUUUCCUCUCAAAGAUGGUGCAGAAAGAUGCUGAGCAGGAGAGUGAGAUGAGGGCUGAAAUCCAGGAGAUGAAGAAGGAGCAGUCCUCAAUUAGCAUGAUGGAUGAGUUUGCUAGAUAUGCCAGAUUGGAGCGCAAAAUCAACAAGAUGACAGACAAGCUGAAAACACACGUGAAAUCAAGGACAGCACAACAGGCCAAAAUGAAAUGGGUUGUGAACAUUGUCUUUUAUAUUCUGCAGGCUGCUGUGAUGAUCUCCUUGAUAUGGAAGUAUUACUCUGAUCCAGUGACAGUGGUCCCCAGUAAAUGGAUAGCCCCCGUGGAGCGCCUUGUGGCCUUCCCAACAGGAGUGGCAGGUGGAGUGGGAAUCACAUGCUGGUUGGUGGUUUGCAACAAAGUAGUUACACUGGGUCUCCAUGCCGUCAGCUAGACUCCAGCUGAGUUAAAUGCACUUCUUUUCUAACUUAUUGAUCAACAUUUUGAUGAUGGAAGCCCCAGUUUGUUUGUUUUUUUUGUCAUUUUUUGUGUCAGCUGCUUCAGGUCAACCUGUAUAAAUGCAGUGCAUUUUAGCGUUGACUGUUUCAUAUUUCAACAUAGUGUUUUGUUAAUGUUGAAUAUUGGUAUUUUUUGUUUUGAUGAUUUUGUAUUAAUUAUAUUAAGUUAAUUGUGAGGAUGGUCUGACUGAAUAUUAUUUCAAAACAUGAUGCGGAAAUGUUGAAAUGCCUUUUUAAAGGAAAGAUAAUAAAAGAAAAGCUUUUA